AUGGAUGAGUUGGAUUUGCCACCGGACCGGGCCAAUCUCUUCGAGGUCAUCGACGCGGACGGCAGCGGCACGCUUCACAUCACCGAGCUGGUGCAGGGCUUGCUGAAGAUCCGCGGGGAGAUCAAGAAGAGCGAUGCGGUGGCCGCCUUGUUGGCCACCAAAGCUGUCCAGAGUAUGGUGGCAGAAAUCAAGGAGCUCUACGAGAAGAACUUGGAUGUUCUAAGGUCGACUCUGCAGACUGAACUGAGCUACAUCCGGCGCAUGAACUCCAGAGCACCGGCUUCGGCCUUCCGGGUUGCCAAUCUUUGA